AUGAAGGCACCGAGGAGACCCAGGCAGACGCGUCUCCUCACCCGGUUCUGCGUCUGUGGAGUCGCUCUGCUCGCAGCCGCCUGGAUCUUCAACUUCAACGAUGUUACAGGUUUCAAUGCAUCCACUGUGGAUUAUGACAUCUCCUUGUCCAAGAGAGAGCUCAUCCAGCAGGAAGAUGAAAACAACAAGACGGACAGUAUUUCUAGAUCUGCUAUCAGUGAUUUUCCUGAAGACAUCUUCACUUCAGAGCAGAGGAGACAGGGAGCGGUACUCCUUCAUCUUCUCUGUGCUAUCUACAUGUUCCAUGCGCUGGCCAUUGUGUGUGAAUAUUACUUUGUGCCAUCACUGGAAAAAGUAUCAGAGAACCUUCACCUCAGUCAGGAUGUUGCCGGGGCAACCUUCAUGGCAGCUGGGAGCUCCGCCCCCGAGCUCUUCACCUCUCUGAUUGGGGUGUUUAUCACAAAAGGAGACGUAGGUGUGGGAACUAUCGUGGGAUCAGCUGUCUUUAACAUCCUGGUCAUCAUCGGCCUCUGUGGCAUUUUCUCUGGACAGCCCAUCUCUCUGAGCUGGUGGCCUUUGUUCCGUGAUGCUGUCUUCUACAUCCUGUCCAUACUGGUGCUUAUCAUGGUGAUCUAUGAUGAAAAAGUCAUGUGGUGGGAGACCGUCAUCCUGAUCUCCAUGUACGGAAUAUACAUAAUCAUCAUGAAGUUCAACAGAUCUCUGUGCAGCCUGGUGGAGCGACACUGCACCAGAGCAGGUCAACCGUGUCUGAGCAGCCUACGACGGACGACUGCUGUCGGAAAUAUUGGAGACUGUGACAACGACAUGGUACCGCUGAAGCCAGAUUCAUGUGUGGUGGCCGGCCAGGACUCAGGGGUGGUGAUGGUGGAUGAGAUGCUGAACCUGCACCACCACCAGCUCUCCUUCUCAGAGGCAAGCCUCCGCCUUCUCAUCACCACGCAUUUCCCACCCUUCACCCGCCUGCGCAUGGCAGCACGCAUGGUCAUCAACGAGAGGCAGAGGCUGAUUCGGUCCCGGGGUGGCCCGGAGGAGGGGGGAGUGUCAGGGGAGGAAGUUUUGGGUGCGAACGGGCCGUGGGGGAGGGAGAACGGGACGGCGUCAGAGGGAGACAGGCAGCCGCUUGAGGAGGAGAAGGAGAGGGGUAAAGAGACAGAGGGGGAGAGUGGUGGGGGAGCACAGCCUAAAGAGGAAGAGGAGGAAGAGGAAGAGCAGGAGGAAGGAGAGGAGGAGAUCAAUCCUUUCGAACCCUUCGUCCUGCCAGAUGGUUGGUGUGUGCGUCUGAAGUGGCUGCUCUCUUGGCCCUUGAGCGUCCUGCUUCACUUCACCAUCCCCAACUGUAACCUGCCGCGAUGGGAGCGCUGGUACCUGCUCACCUUCCUGUCCUCCACGCUCUGGAUAGCCCUCUACUCUUACCUCAUGGUCUGGAUGGUGACUAUAAUCAGCUACACACUUGGAAUUCCAGAAGUCAUCAUGGGCAUCACUUUUCUGGCAGCCGGCACCAGCGUCCCUGACUGUAUGGCCAGCCUCAUCGUCGCCCGACAAGGGAUGGGCGACAUGGCCGUGUCCAAUUCAAUUGGAAGUAAUAUCUUUGAUGUGCUGCUGGGUCUGGGUUUCCCCUGGGCUCUGAGGACUCUCAUUGUCAGCUACGGAUCAGUGGUGACAAUCAACAGCAAAGGCCUGGUUUACUCAGUGAUUCUUCUGUUGGCCUCAGUCAUACUCACUGUCUUGUGUGUCCAUCUGAACUGCUGGAGGUUGGACCGCAGGCUGGGACUCUGUCUCAUACUACUCUACGCCAUCUUCCUCCUCUGCUCCGUCGUCUUCGAGAGGUUGUAG